CUAACAUGAUCCUAAGUGCCCAGCUACUCCACCUUCGCCAUGUCCCAUGUUUUGCUCAUACUUUAAAUUUGAUUGUGAAAAAGGCACUAGAUCAAACCCCAGUCAUCAAUGAAAUACGCCAGAAGGCCAGAAAGAUAGUGGGGUUGUUCAGAUCCAGCUGCAAAGCAAAGGACAAGCUUGUGGAGAUGCAGAGCUUGAUCGGAAGACCAACUCUGAAACUGAUACAGGAGGUUGACACGAGAUGGAACAGCACAUUUGACAUGCUACAGCGCUUGUAUGACCAAUGUGAACCAGUGGCUGCUGCACUUUCCAACUUAAACAAUGAUACUGCUCCCCUGACAAGUAUUGAUUAUGACAUUAUUGAACAAUCAUUGUCAAUACUGCAACCUUUCAAACUCGCAACAACAGAGAUGUCAGAGGAAAAGAGAGUGUCUGCUUCAAAGCUUAUACCACUGUACAGGAUGUUGCAGCACAAGCUUGCACAGAAAAAAGGAAAUGCAACACAGGAAUCAACUGUUCAAUUAGGCUCACAUCUGCAAGAAGGUCUGCACUCCAGAUGUGGAGGUUAUGAGAGUUUUAGAGCCUUGGCACUGGCUACACUGCUGGACCCAAGGUUCAAAAAUGUGGCAUUUGGAAAUGCUGCCAAAGCCCAGGAAGCUGAAAAGCAUAUCACACUGGAGUGUGCUUCACUGAUGUGUUCAAACACAAAUCCUGUGGUCAAAUUCAAAGUGUCCAGCCCGUCAUCACCCGGCGAUAUGAUCCAGGGAUGA